GAUCAAACAAGUAGCAGCUCCUUUCUUUACAUCUUCACAUCACAUCUCCACUUGCUCCCUUCGUUGGUCAGAAAAAGGAAUUACUGUUCCCUCGAUAUCGAACCGGCACUUAUCAUUUCAAGUGCUACUUGUCGGAUUUAUUUGUACACUUCAUCGGGCAACUGUUGCAGUUAAGAUGAAUCUUAACAUCGGUAUCUUCAGCUUGUUUUUCAUCCUGUGUGUCCUGGCGGAGAGGAGCAGUGCUGGACCUUAUUUUGAAGACGACAUGGACGCACUACCAGUUGAUACGGCUGAUUACUCGGAUAAUAAUGCAUUGGAGGAUCUCAUGCGUGCAGCGCAACAAAAACGUUCUUCCUACAUAUAUCUGUAUAGGCGUAGCUGCAUUCGUCGAGAUGGAAACUGCGAUCACAGGCCUAAUGAUUGCUGCUACAGUUCAUCUUGUCGGUGUAAUUUAUGGGGCAGCAAUUGUCGAUGUCAACGCAUGGGACUUUUCCAAAAAUGGGGAUAAAUUUUUUUCUACAACCCUCCAUACAUUUCCGAAGAGUCCAGGCUGACGUGCUUCUGUGCUCCCCAAACAGGUGUUAUUUAUUUGUAUCUCCGUCGUUCUGAUCGUAAACCUGCAAUCCUUCAAUUAGAUUCAGCACUUAAAUUUAUCCUUAAAAAUUCCACCCCCUGGAUUUUUCUAUCCACCUUAAUUGAGAUUACCCUUUUGAGUCUCAUAUGAUAGUUUCUAUGUUAUAAGUAAUCUUCCGAGGAUUUUCCUUCUUUUCUUUAUCAUCAUUAGCCUUUUUCCGUACAAGGAAAAAUCCCCAUCUAUUUAUAUCCGCCAACGGAGUCGCCCGAGCUCCAACCGAACUUCUAUUAGCAACUCCUCAAUAAAUUCGAUUGUAGACCGUCUGUUUAACUUACCUAGUCUCACAAAUGCCAAAUAUUAACUUUGAUGGAUAGCAAAUGCCCUCAAUAAUUAACAUCAUCAAAUUUUAUGUGAAGAAAACGUAAUGGUCAAGUCUUAUAAACGCAGGUGGCCGGAAUUAAUUUCACCACCAAAGAUUUCCCGUUAAAAAUUUCCUAACGAAUAAAUCUUCCCGGGAAUGAUUUCCCCCGAAAUUAAUUAUCGUUCUAAUAUAUUUCCCAAUGAGUUUUAAACCUAAUGGUCACGUGAAUAAUCGUGAUACACGUUAAGAAACGAAUUUUGUAUGAAGAAUUUCAUAGAUUAACUAUCGAUGUGACGAGAUGGUUAAUUUAAGAAUCCUAUCAUUAAAAAAACGAAACAUCUUAUUACAAUUCUACAAUAAAUUAUAUCAAACUCCUGUUAUGUUCAUUAUACCGAGUUGAAUAAUUUUUUCAGAGGGAAAUUUUCGUUGAAGAAAUUUUUUCCCGGAGAAUCAUGACGGGAUAAUUCAAUCCGGGAACCAUAAACGUAUUAAAGAAGAUUAAUGAUGAAAUAUGUGUGUGAAACUAGCGCUACAAAAAUACUAUCGAAUAAUUCUCAUUACCUGGGAACGAAGAAAAUGCAAAACCGUGGUAGAAACAAGUACAACGGGAAGUGAACAAAAAAAAUUUGGAAUCCUUAAUGAAUAAGAUGAAUUCGGAUAAAUAUUGGCAUUAGAAGAAAAAAAAAACAAUUCGCUGGCUUCUCUACCACAUAAGUUUUAUUAUUCUCUUUGGGUGUUGAGAGGGCCCCUCGCGAGGGAAUUUCGCGUGACGGCUAGUAUAAACAGUCGGAGUUCCUCCGGUGUUCGCGAACCGUACAGAAACGCCUGAGAGAAUACGGAAUAGGUGACUCUUGAACAGAAGAGAGAGAAUGGAGAAAGGAAUGAGAAUCAAAAGAAAGGGAAAAUGCCAAGAUAAAGGACAAAGGGCGAACGUUCCACCGCAGCUUUUCGGCUGUACCUUCUCUCUUCACUCCCAAUGUCUUUCUCAUUUCUUCUCAACAUUGCGGCUUUCUGCUGAAUCAUUGUCACUCAUCAAUAAUUCGGGUAAAUGGAAGUACUAUUGAAUAAUAUACUGAAAAAUUGCUGAUUACGCAAUGUGCUGUGAUUGGGAACAUAUUUCCAGCCACUUCUUCAAUCAUCUCGUUGUGUAUCAGUAUUUAUUGAUAAUAUUUAUUGCUUAUUGAUAUCAAUAAACAGCAGAAAGUCCGCACUUCAAUGAAAAUUAUCUAAUUAUUAUGAGGAGGAAUUAAAUUCAGUUAUCUCGAGGUAUGUCUGUCGAUUUAUAGAUUAUAAGUUUAUCGGGUUAAAUGCUUGGAAUUAUAAGGCCUAAUGUGCUAUUUUAUUUUGGAUUGGAUAUUUAAAAAGAGAUGGGUGUACUGUAAGUAACAGGAGUACUUCUUUGUGAAAUAUAAAACCAGAAAAACGUUUGAAUAAAGUCAUGGUAUAGGCAUAUAUGUAUGCUAUGUGUAUAAAUUCAUACAAUAACCGUAUGAUAAUUUGAAUCAAUAGAUGAGAAUGUUAUACGAAAAAGAACUAGCUAUGAUUGAAGGCUUGAAAAGAAGGGAAUGAAAAAGAAAACUAUCAAUAUACCUCUGCGACAUCGUACCGCAUACCUAGAUGUAUUACAAUUAUUACUAUGGAUAAUAUAUAUGAAUAAAUGAAAAAUCUAUAUUGUAUUAUUAUGAAUGUUAUACAUUGUAACCGAGGUGGAUGUACGUAAAAACGUAUCAGGAAAACAAAUAUAUAC